AUGAUGGAAUCGAGGGCAGGCUGGGGACGCCUGCGACAGCUCAACAUCAACAAAAUUCUCGCGCUCGUGAAAGCUCCGUCGACGACGGUGGAGCAUGACGGGAAAGGGGCCUUCUGCAUCAUACACACGCCCGACCGACCAGUCUACCCCACUCCUGCAACGUUGGUGCCGACGGACGAUGAGUGUAUGCGAUUCCUGGAGGCUUUCAGGUCACCCAAGAAGUUCGGCUGGGAUGACGACGACGACGACGACAUCGAGGAAGAAGACCCAAAGAAAGUGACUGGGGCGAAUAUGGCCGAGUGGAAACCGUAUCCGCCACUUAAGGACUUUCCUCGGCCUCCCCAGACGGCGAGAACGAAUGUCAUUCGGGCCGAGCAGACGAAGCCGGGGAGGAGGAGUAUAGUACCGUGCGGAACAGGGAACCAACAGCAACCACACGCAACUAUCGCUGACGAGAAGUCGUGGAAUGACGGUGAGCGGAGGAAUGAGAGCAUGCGCGGAAAUCCGGUUGGGGGCGUCGCGACACUCGAGGAUGCCCAAACGCGAUUGAGGAUGCUGGCAUCCCAUUCCCAUCGGAAGGCGGCACGUUGGUCGGACCAGAGUCAGGAUUCGGGAUAUGAAGAGUUGCCGUGGUGUCGCGGCCCUCGAGAUACAAGACCGAAGGUGACCAUACCUACGCACCAGCCGCAGAGUCCCCAGUCCACGACAGAGCCGAGAUCUCGGUGGUCUUUGAGUCCACAUGGUCCCAGGGAGCACUGUUCCCCGUUAGCGAUGCACUGCCAGCAAGACGACAAUAUCGGCAAGAACCAGAACCUGUCAAGAGGAGAAUCAUCAGAGAAUGCAGACCAUAUCGCAUACAGCAUUCUUGCUACCUCAGAAGACGAGGAGAAGAUCGCUCCUUCGCCGAGCUGUCCGGUGCUGCCGCCACUUGGUAAACCUUCGGAACAACUGGAAUCUACUCAAUCUCCAGUGGAGGCCCCCGAACAGGAAAGGCGGCGCAUCACCUCGGGGUUCCAGGACUGGCAGACGCCAGAGCAGAGAGAGGAAUUCGAGCGGAACAUCGAGGUGUACGGAGAUUGGGCCGAAUACUAUUUCCAGACGGACAAUUUCGAGGACAAUCGACACAGCGAGAAGCGAAAGAAGAGAAGAUCACCAGGGGAAGCCACCAUCUCCGAUACCCAUACAGCGAGGAGUCUAGAGACUGUAUGGGAGGACAUGGGUCCCGAUACGCCCGAUAGUUUCGGGAACCCGAACCCGUGGUUCAAUCAGGGGGGAGUAGUGGUCGAGGGAGAAGACUCAUCUCGGCGACUGGAGGGGGAGCCGCGGCUUGAAUCUGGGACGCUGCCAGACGAUUUCCUGGAGAACGAACACGAUUUCUUUAAUGGCGACACGACAGGUCCCAGCAGCCGAACGUUGAAGCAGCGGGGAGCGCGACCUCUAGAGCCUGAAUCGGGAGCGAUACAGCCGAGCGCUUGGGUCGCUGAAGGGGGCAUUCCUCGAGGGUUCUACCUCGAGAAUGACGGCCUUGAUCUUGUGCGAAUCCAUCAAACACAGAACCGCCUUCAAGAUCGAUGGAAACCGCCGCCGCACGUUAAGCCGCGGCGACCAGAUGUGUUCUACGAGGCCGCAUGGCAUGCCAUCUUGAACAAGCCUCUGCCUGUUAACCCCGGUCUUGGAGGAAUGAUUUGA